CCGUGCCCGGGGAGGGGGCCGGCCUCGGACAGGUGUCGGCGGUGGGGCGGCUGCUGUACCUGGGACCAGCCCAGCCAGCCCAGGAGGGAACGUACACCUGUGAGUGCAGCAACGUGGCCGGAAAUAGCAGCCAGGACCAGCAGCUGGAGGUGCAUGUUCCCCCGCAGAUCGCUGGCUCCCGGGAGCCCCCCGCACAAGUCUCCGUGGUCCGGGACGCGGAGGCCACUCUGGAAUGCAACGUCACGGGGAAACCCCCACCCAGGGUGACGUGGCAGCGGGACGGCCAGCCGGUGGGAGCCGCACCGGGCCUGCGGCUGCAGAACCAGGGCCAGAGCCUGCACGUGGAGCGGGCACAGGCUGCCCACGCGGGACGCUACAGCUGCCUGGCCGAGAACGUGGCUGGGAGGGCCGAGAGGAGGUUUGCGCUGUCCGUGCUGGUGCCCCCAGAGCUCAUCGGAGACUCAGACCCGCUGACCAACAUCACUGCCGCCUUGCACAGCCCCUUGACGCUGCUCUGUGAAGCCACCGGCAUCCCACCCCCGGGGGUCCGCUGGUUCCGAGGGGAGGAGCCCCUCAGCCCCAAGGAGGACACCUACCUCUUGGCGGGUGGCUGGAUGCUGAAGGUGACCCGGACCCAGGAGCGGGACAGAGGUCUCUACUCCUGCCUGGCCAGCAACGAGGCCGGGGAGGUGCGGAGGAACUUCAGCGUGGAGGUCCUGGUUCCUCCCAGUAUCGAGAACGAGGACCUGGAGGAGGUAUUCAAGGUCCUCGAGGGACAGACAGCCAACCUGACGUGUAACACCACAGGCCACCCACAGCCCAGGGUCACGUGGUUCAAAGAUGGCCGGCCCCUGGCUGCUGGAGACACCCAGCACGUCUCUCCAGACGGAGCCCUUCUGCAGGUCCUCCAGGCCAACCUGUCCAGUGCCGGCCACUACUCCUGCAUUGCAGCCAACGCCGCCGGGGAGAGGACCAAGCAUGUCCAGCUGAGUGUCCUGGUGGCUCCCUCCAUCCUGGGGGUGACCGAGGACGGUGCAGACGAGGAGGUGACCGUGACCAUCAACAACCCCAUUUCUCUGAUCUGUGAGGCGCUGGCCUUCCCCGCCCCCACCAUCACCUGGAUGAAGGACGGGUCCCCAUUUGAGGCCUCAAACAACAUUCAGCUGCUCCCAGGUACCCACGGGCUGCAGAUCUUGAAUGCCCAGAAGGAAGACGCUGGCCAGUACACCUGCGUGGUCACCAACGAGCUUGGGGAGGCCAUGAAGAACUACCACGUGGAAGUCCUCAUCCCCCCUUCCAUCUCCAAAGACGACUCCAUGGGGGAGGUCGGUGUGAAGGAAGUGAAGACCAAGGUCAACAGUACCCUAACCCUGGAGUGUGAGUGCUGGGCGGCGCCCCCGCCCGCCAUCGGCUGGUACAAGGACGGACGGGUGAGCUGGGCCCCCCGGGGCAGCCUCAGGUUCUCUCCUCUGGGUCCCCCGGGCCCUGCUUGGAACCUUCCAGUAGAGACAGGCAAAGCACCUGGCCCCAGAGCUGGGCUGGGCCCCGCCUCGCUCUUUACAUGUUAAUAGGAAA